AUGCAGAAAGAUAAGCGACAAACUGAUUUUUGGAUUACAAAUAACCUGCAAAAAUCAAAAGCUGCACCUGGGAAAUAUAACGUGCCUAUUCUGAACGUUAGAAAGGACCAUUACCAUGGCCCUGCCUCCUUUGGGUCUACCCAAGGGAGAUUUGAUCCAAAGGUUGUCAAAGAAAAGAAGAUAUUACCAGGACCAGGAGAGUAUGAGAGUGAACCCAUCAGCCUAGUGACACAGAAAAUUAAAUAACUCCUAUCAAUGUGUUUUCAAUUCUAAAGUUGAAGAUCCUAGUAGAGCUAUUCCUCAUUGCAGGUCUAGUUCAGUCAUUAACAAAUAAUAUCUCAAGGGCAGCUCAUACUUCCCAACUCAGUGAAAGCAUGAGGAGAGAUGAGAUUGGAAUCAGCAAAAGCAAACGAAAAGCCAGUGAUCAAUACCUUAAUACUUCAAAUGAUUUGAUUAGCAAUACUUAUCAGUAUGAUCUAUCAACAGGCGGCUCGAACGAGCUUGGAUCUCUGAUUCUCAACUCUCCUAUAGAAAAAUGCACAAAACAAGUAAAGAAGAUACACAAGGGGAUUGUAAAGCAUGAGAAAACCUCUCCCUCAAUUCCAAACAAAAAGCUUAAGAAGGCUGAGGUUUUAAGCCCAGUUAGGUACAAUCCGAAUCCCAAAGUGCUAUACAAAAGUUCACCUUCUGCUCUAAUAAAGUCACAUCAUAUUUCAUCCCCUCAUAACAACAGCUCUCUCAACAAGUACAUUGAAGCCUUCAUUGGUGAUGUUGUGGAUUCCUCUAGCAAAGGGGAUAACCAGAAGAAACUUCUAGAGCGGUUGGAAAAAUUGAAGAUUGAUGAAAGCUCUCAUGAUUACUCUGCUACAAAUAAUUCCUUAAUCCAAAGCAUGUCUAAUUAUUUAAAUAUACUUGUGAGCAAAGCACAGAAGCAGGAGGGAGAUGAUUCCUUCUACGUUGAAGCUAAUGAUUACCACAGCAUUGCCCUAAAUACUGCUCCCAUAGAGUCUAAUAUCAAGAUGAGAUCCCCCUUUGUGUCUAAAACUGAGAGGUAUCCUGAGAUCAAGCAAUCUCCUGGUCCUGGUGAUUACAAUAUAACCCAGGAAGAUAGCUUAAGCUUAACUGAAGAGAUUGCAACCUCUCCUCAAGCUUUCGGAUCAACAUACAAGUAUAGAACACAUUUCUUGAAUGUUGAGAAAACACCUUUUGGAAGCCCAACCUUUAUAAAUAAUCCUGGUGUUGGUCAUUACUACCAACCAAAGAGGAUUCCCAAAAGAAUCCAGGAUGAAAUACUUAAAGCACAAAAGGAAAAAGCAAUGGAAGACGGAAUUGUUAACAAAUCUGCCUUCCUCGUAAACUCUCAACGUCCUUGCCUCUCAAAAGAACAGAUGGAAGAGGUUGGUCCAGGAAAAUAUAAUUUGGUCGCCCAAAGCUCCAAAAGUGAAAAUAAAAACAAUAAAUUUCAAAGAUUUAAGAAGGAUGAUAAGACAGUGUUUAUUUCAACUUCUCCAAGAUUUAAAGAUACUACCAAAUCUCCAGGUAAUUAUAGAAGCCCGGUUGCAGUAAGAGAUGAAUUGAAAGAUUUGAACAACAAUUCUAAUCUUUCUACCAAUAACCGAGCUUCUAGAUGGAGGAAACUUAAAUAAAUUAAACUUUGAGAAUAACUUAAAGAAGGAAAAAUCUAAACAAUCCUUCAUGUUUCAGAGUGAUACAAAGAGAUUCAAAACUCCUAAACCAGAGAGGAUCGAAAAUGUACCAAAGAAAGAAAUGAAGAAGAUUGCAGAGUACGCUGCUUUAUUUGGAUCUCAUCAGAAAAAUCUGUAUCAUCCUCUGGAAGACCUUAACUCUAUGGUACCGCGAGCAAAGGGUUUAUCUCAAAAUAUUUCUAAAUUAGUAGGAUUCAACUCAGAAGCUCCUCGAUUUAAAUCUCCAAAUCCACGUAACAAACUCUUGCCUGGUCCUGGUUCUUACCAUCCUGGUAAAUUUCGAACUGAGGAGGACGUCGAGAAUGCCUUGAAAGAAUCAGAAGGAAUCUUUUGUAAGAAUCCGAAAAACUCUCCAACUGCUGUUUUCAAGAGCGAAUCACGGCUAAAGCACUCAAUGAUUAACCUUAUCAAGCAAUCUCCAGGGCCAGGAGACUACAACAAUAAUUAAUCCAAAAAUAAACGGUGUUAUUUGUUUGGCCAAGUAUUCAGACUAAUACUAUGAUUAUUAUCGCAUAAAUACUUUCUAUAGAAUUUCAUAGAGAUUUAAGU